AUGCAUCAGCACCCUCGGUCGCCGGCGGUAUCAUCGUCGGCGCCCAGGCAACCCUCCCAGCCCGCCUCCGCUCGCAAUGACCUCAGAGGCAUGGAAUCCAACCCAUCCUCCUCCUCUGCCGACACGAGAUCCCGCUCUACCAAAGGCCUGGGUAUCGAUGCUGGUCAAGAAUCCACGGCAGAGAAUCCUAGGGAGGCCAUCGGGCCUGGGAAAGAGGUUAUGGCCAAGCUGAACCAGAUCAUAUCGAACUACCACACCAAGGCAGCCUUGAUCAUUCUCGACUCGCGUGUCGAGCUCCCACCCGUCUAUGCCAAGAAUUCCGAUAAGCCCAAGGUCAACCGUUGGUUCAAUGUCGAGCUCGAAGAGACCGAUGCCCUACGCGAACAGCUGUGGACCUGGCGCACCUGUGAUGCCAUCGACCACCGACCCCCGCCCCUCAUCAUCGAGACCUACUUGGACGGCCGAGGUCUGACCAACAACCAAAGCCUGGUGAUCUUGGAUGAGAACGGAAAGCGAUGGGACGUGCGAGAAUCUCUGGCCGGAGCGCGAGGCCCCAAUGCCAAUCCCCAACAGGCUGAUGCAGAUGAGAUUAUUCUGGAGCGGUGGACAAUCGAACUGGGAGAGGCUGCCGGUGAUCUUCCAGUGGAUCUGGGUGCCCUGUUGCCGACUGUGUACAAAAAGAGCAUCAUUUUGUUCCGCUCCCUUUUCACGUACAGCAAGUUCUUGCCGGCGUGGAAGUUCUCGCAGCGCGGCACUAAGUUGAGACGCAGUCCGGCGUUGCAGAUUCGAUACCGCGUGAUAGAUGGGAGCCGGCCGCGGAGCGGCCGAUCUCCAGAUUCUCUGACAGUGCCGUUGUAUGAGGGACAUGGCAAGGUCGUGGAUACGUACCGCUUUGGGGUCACAGAGUCGCCCGCCGGUCCGUUCAGCGUUUCAGUUGCUUACCGGACGAACUGUGAUUUCCGAGUGGACGAUUCGGAAGCGCUAUUGAGCUCGCGUUUCAUGGGCGCCGACGACGACAUCUUCCGCCCCUCGUUACCAUCGGAGGAUGCUCCGAGGCUAAACCCAGAAGUGGGAUCGGUGCCUGUCGAGAAAAGGACGGUCGAGAGUCCGGACUGUUCCCGUGCAUAUGGUAGUCUCUCAACUUUCCACCAGGUUGGUCCGACCACAGGCGCAAGUCCGAUUUCUGCCUUGCGUGCGGCCAGAGAUUCGGCCGUGGGAUCGUCGUCUCCGUCAGAUUCACCAUCGAAGAAAUUGCUCCCGGCUGCAAAGAUUGCGCCGCCAGGACGUGCGGCGCAGCUUGCGGGAGAAGGUGACAGCUCGAACUUCGCGCGUCGCCCCUCCGUCUCCUUCCAGGCCUUCAAAGCUCCUCCGCUAUCUGCCUCACCGGUUGUGAUGGAGCCCGCUCUAGGCGUUUCGCCACGAACUUCAUCUACCCGCGUGUCGACGGGCACAUCUGCUGAAUCACGGGUGAUGCCCCCACCAUCAACGGCCGCUUCCGCGCGCAGAACCGCUGCACUCGCUUCAGAGCAGGCCAUUGCCUCGUCUAAUUCCGCUUCUCCCAAAACUGCCCCCCUCUCCCGAUACAGUAGUUCAUUCAGCCAUCGUCGAGGCCGACCAUCUUCUGGAGGCACGCCGAAAAUAGAUGAUGAUAACUCCAGUGGUAGAGCCAGUGCCGCUUCAUCUAACGUUCAACCUAGCUCUGGUCUUUUCGCAGAGGCUGCGGGUACCAGCGCCGAGUCAAUACAUGCAGAUGAUGAGAAUAUCUCAGAGUUCCUGAAAAUGCUUGAUACAGGGAAGGAUCUCAUGAAUCCAUCUAGGUCUACGAGCAUCCAAUCCAGCCAGCGGAAACCCACAGCAACUUCCGCAGCCCUCGCCCGAUUUCGAGGGAUGAGGGAGUCAAAUGCUGCACUUUCUGACUCUAUAUCAUCCUCUAUGCACAUGCACCGCUCGUCAGCAUCAUCGAGCAAACACCUGUCCGGUGUACCACCGAUGGUAGCUGGGACCUCCAUAUCUACCGCCUCAUCUCCUGGGAAGCCUAUAUCUCCCCACACGCCGCAUACGCCUGCCAUCCGCUCGCGUUUGAGUUCAAAUAGUGUCGCUGAUGAUAUAGCCAUCGAGCACGACCGUCGAGUGACGCAUGUGGAGCAUGACUCGCCUCUCGAAGAAAACCCCAACCUGGAGAACUCCCAGUCCGCUGCGCUCAUUGCCGCUGCUAUCGAUAUUCCAACUUCCCCGCGAGUAUUUGCGCCUGCGUAUCGUCGCUCUAGCAGUGCUGCGCAGCGUAGGCGGCCCACGACAAGUGAUGACGAGGAAAUGUUUCCCUUUGUACUUCGAAGCAUGAGCCUAGGUGCCGAGGACACGCCUCAUUUGGGCCCAACCCAGCAGCAGCAGACCGACUACGAGAAUUCAGAUGUCGACCCCACGGUCGGACGCCGAUCAUCUUCGGCAGACGAUCCUUCAUCUUCUGCUGCCGCCGCCACCGGGACCAUCACGGGUCGUUCUCAACCCGUCCCCGGCCCAUCAGCAACUUCAUCCUCGUCUAACGUCUACCAGCCGCGUUUCGCUAGCUCACGCGGUCGAGGAUUCUCUGGCGGCCACUCGUUGAGCUCUGCAUCGAGCAGCCUGGCCCGGGGCGCGAUUAUCCCAUCUCACCUUGCUGAGCGUGACGACCGUGACGGUAGCGGUAGCAACAGCGGCAACUCGACAAUGGAGCUCCGUCGUGGCUCCGGUCAACGUCCUAGCAUCGGCCGGGGGCCACCCUCGCAGACCCCCUUCGAAGAUGACGAGCCUCUUCUUUUUGCCAUGAGCGAUUUUGGCGCCUCGCGUCGCAGUCUAGAGGAGAAUCGUCAUGGGAAUCAUGGCGGGACGGACUCCAACGGUGGUUCUAGACGUGGUAGCGGCCGCCGCGGAGCUGGACUCCCGGGCUUCCAUAACUGGUCGUAG